GAAAUGAUAAAAAUGACAUGAAUGUUCAUAGCAUACAGCGCCAGAACUUCUCUCGUCAUCCCUUUUUUUUUAUUGAUCACAAAAUGGCGUCGGGAAACGUUCAUCAGUAUCGUACGCUUAGUGUGUUUUUAAUUUUCUGAAAUCACUUCCACAAGUCCAAUAACACAAACACCAAUUGCAUUUGCUUAGUGAUUCACUGAAUAAUUAAGACACUAGUCUAACCAACCCUAAAACCCAGUAGUGUUAAAUAAACCUUGAAGGACAGACAUUUCCCACAACAUUUUAAUUUCGUAAUCCAGUGGAACAGUGUGAACAAAAGUCAUUGUUAUUUGUCAUUUGUGCGCCGAUAAGAGGAACAAUUGCAUCGAUUUAGUGUUAAUGAACCCGGGGCUAAAUCCAGCAGUCGUGAUGUAUCUGAAAUUGAUGGACAAAUCUUCAGCACAAGUUUAACGUGCUUGGAAUAAGAGAUCAAUAGACAUUCCAGCGAGGGGCAUCUUCAAUUACGAUACGAACUCAAACUGGAAAGAGUUUUCCCUCCCUUCUUUUCCCCCAAAAAAUCAUUGAUCCCUGGAUUAAAAAAAAAACGUUCUCCAUCAACUGUAUUCUUUCCACGAGUUUCGUUCGUAAUUGAGAGUCCAAAUAAAAUCAUCAAGAAUCAACGGUACACCGGUGAGUUCCAACACAAAAUAUUGAUUGGUAGCUCAAAGGACACUCAAAGCCAACUAACAAUGUCUGUACAAAGUGUUGCUCUGGCAUCUCUAACGGCCACCUACACCGACUCGGAGGGUGAGGAUGGUGUGGAUGAAGAACAGCAGGAGAAUGCAAAGGCACCCAUCGGGGCUGGACCUCAUAAUUCCCAAGUCGGUCAGCCCCAGGGUAUCAGCAGUCCCAAAUCUGGUAGAUCAGCAUCAAAUAGCCCCAACGUUGACACCAGUAUUGGGAGCAAGACGAUAUCAAUAUUGUCAAAUCCACCCACCCUAGUUACCGAUGUAACGUCCAAGGUCCAGCGUUUAGUUUCAUAUUUUGAUGAUACUGUUGUCUCCGAUGACGAGGGUACAGCGACAGUUAAUAGUGAGGUGGCCAAUGUACAUAAUAUGAAAAAUGGUCUCACCUUGAUAAAACUCGAGCCGUCACCCUCGAUACUGGGAGAAUUAGUUUCAGAUGCUGUUGGUGAUAAUGAUGGUGAUAACGAUGGUGUUGCUAUACCGCCGGAACCAACUGGUCAGUGUCCAAUUGAAUUGCAGGAUAAAAUAUCUGUACUUUUUAGGAAAAUGGAGAGCGGUGGUUUGGAUAUGAAUAAGUUAAUACAACUGAGAAAGGAUUUUAGAAAUCCAUCGAUUUAUGAGAAACUUAUACAAUUUUGUAGUAUCAAUGAAUUAGGUACGAAUUAUCCACCAGAGAGAUUUGAUCCAUUCAAGUGGGGUAAGGAUUCUUACUACGAGGAAUUGGCUAAGGUACAGAAAAUGGAGAUGGAUAAGCUCGAGAAAGCGAGAAAAGAGAAGACGAAAAUUGAAAUUAUCUCGGGUACUGCUAAGCGGCCAAACAGCUCAACAACAACAGCUGAGGAUGAUGCCAAGAAGAGAAAAAGCAAGUGGGAUCAGGUUGCCACUGGUACAACAACAACAACUGUCAAACCAACACUCUUGUUGUCACAACCUACCUUGACAACUCUAACGUCAUCGACAUCUGGGCCCAAACCCACUGUUAUAUCAGCCUUUGGCUCGUUACCAAAGAAAAGACUGUAACAUAUAUACUAUUUUGUUAACAAUAAGGAUACAAAUUUUGUGUACAUAUAUACAUACAGAUAUCUAUAUUGUAUA